AUGGCAUGUCCAUAUGCACGAUUUAUUGAACCAGAAGAUGAAACAACAGCAACAACAACAGCAACAUCAAAAUUAACAAUAAAUGGUUCUGUUAAUAAUGAUGCACUUGCCGAUAUUUUAUCAUUUACUGGUUAUGGUACAUCAAGUUCAACUAAACCUGAACUUAAACGUUUACCAUCAAGUGAUGAAUUAGUUACAUAUGGAAAUUAUUUACAAUUAAAUCUAUUACUUAAUUCACAAGUUUUAUUAAGUGCACAAAAUGAUCAAAAUAAAAAUCCUGUUCAUGAUGAACAUUUAUUUAUGAUCAUUCAUCAAACAUUUGAACUUUGGUUUAAACAAAUUCUUUGGGAAAUUGAUUCUCUUCGUGAAAUAUUUGGUAAUAAUUCAAUUGAUGAAAGUCAUAUGUUUGUAUCAAUAAAUCGUCUUCAACGUUGUGUUCAAAUAUGGCGUUUAUUAUGUGAUCAAAUACUUAUAUUAGAAACUAUGACACCAUUAGAUUUUAUGGAAUUUCGUUCAUAUUUAUCACCAGCUAGUGGUUUUCAAAGUUUACAAUUUCGUUUAAUUGAAAAUAAAUUAGGUUUAACAGAAAAAUCACGUGUUUUAUAUAAUCAAUUAUCAUAUAAAAAUGCAUUUCCAAGUGCACAUGAACAAAAAGAAUUAACUAAUUCAUUAGAAGAACCAACAUUACUUAUGGUUAUUGAACGAUGGCUUGAACGAACACCUGGUCUUGAUGAUACAAGUUUUAAUUUUUGGGAACGUUAUAAACGUGCUGUUGCUCAAUAUAUUGAUUAUCUUCAAUCGAAUGCUCAGGAUGAACCAAAUCCAACAGCACGUAUAGCAGCAUUAGAAGAUGUUAAAAAAACAGCGGAUACAUUUCGUUCAUUAAUUGAUGAAAAAUUUCAUCAACAAUUAGUUUCUAGAUCCGAACGACGUAUGAGUCAUCGAGCUUUACAAGGUGCUCUUAUGAUUAUGCUCUAUCGUGAACAACCACGUUUUCAAGGUCCUUAUCAAGUUUUAUCAUUAUUAAUGGAUGUUGAUGCAUUAAUCACUAAAUGGCGAUAUAAUCAUUUAAUACUUGUUCAACGACAAAUUGGUAACAAGCAAGGUACAGGUGGUUCAGCUGGUUAUAGUUAUUUACGAUCGACUUGCAGUGAUCGUUAUAAAGUUUUUAUUGAUUUAUUUAAUCUUGCAUCAUUUCUUAUUCCUCGUGAAUUUUUACCAAAAUUAACUACUGAAAUGAAAAUGCGUUUAGCUGUAGCUAAUAUUGAACCUUCAAAUCAAGAUCAAGAAAUACAUCGAAUAUCAGGAAAAAAUAAUGGAAAAGAUAAAAAUGAUAAUAAUUUCAUGACAGACCAUGAUUUUCAUCCAGUAACAGAUUAA